CGCCCGGGAUGGCUCCCAUUGAAUCCUCUGUAUUUAUAUGCCUGUCUGUCUGCCCACCGUCUUGCAGAAUCCCACCGGUGCCAGAAACUCGAGGGAAACCCGCACGGGAGGCGCCAAGAGGCGGCGAGAAUCGUCCGACAGGAUUUGCCCAGGAUUUGAGCAGUUCGCCGCGGCCCCGAGCCAAGCCGGUCCCACUCCAGCCGAACGGUGGAAGCGGAGCGCCGCUCGGCAUGUUUCGGAAAAAGCGUAAAUGUGACGUGAUGCCCGUUGUUUUGGUUCGCCCGACCAAUCGGACUCGUUGCCUGGAUUCUACGGGAGCCGGGAUGGGCCCGUCGUGGCGGCAACAGGACUCCCCUCUGCCGACCAUAACGCAUUGCGCAGGGUGCACCGCCGCCUGGUCUUCCUGCAGCUUUAACAGCUCUGACAUGGAAACCCCAUUGCAGUUCCAGCCGAGCUUCUGCUCAGAGCAGCAGCAGCAGCAGCAGCAGCAGCACCCACACCCGCAUUACCACCAGCACCACCAGCAGCAGCACCACCACCAGCAGCAGCACAGCGAAGAGAGGCAGCCAAAGCAGCAGUCCAGCCCGUGCUUCCAGUGCAACAGCUGCGUUUAUUACGGGGCUGCGGCUGCCGCGGGCGAUAACCUGCCGCUGCUUCUCCGCACUUCGUCGCCUCUGUCGGUCGCCUUCCGGACUCGCUCCUCGCCUCUCUCGUGCUCCGCAGCUUCUUCCCGCCAGGGCAGCCAGCUCAACGUGAGCGAGCUGACCCCUUCCAGCCAUGCCAGUUCGUUCAGGCAGCCACACCACUAUUCCCAGCCCCACCAGCACCACCACUCCCACUCCCACCCGUGCCAUAGUGUGCACCAGCAGCAGCCGCCGCCCCAGCCGGCGGGCAGCCCCAACAGCAGCACCGGCAGCGACAGUCACCACUACCAACUUCAGCAGCAGCGCCGCGAGAGCAACCCUUUCACGGAAAUAGCCAUGAGCAGCUGCAGGUACAACGGCGGCGUCAUGCGUCCUCUCAGCAACCUGAGCUCGUCCCGUCGGAACCUCCACGAACUGGACUCCGAAGCUCAGCCGCUGCAGCCCCAGCCGCCGCCGCCGCACUCCAGCCCCACCGCCUCAGCUGCCGCCGCCGGCCCCGAGAUCGUGGUGUCCAAGCCCGAGCACAACAACUCCAACAACUUAGCGCUCUACGGAUCCGGCGGCAGCGGCAACGGCAACGGCAGCCAGACCAACAGCGGCGGCAAAACCAGCAAGAAGAAGAACCAGAACAUCGGCUACAAGUUGGGACAUCGCCGCGCGCUCUUUGAGAAGCGGAAGCGGCUGAGCGACUAUGCGCUGAUCUUCGGCAUGUUCGGGAUCGUAGUGAUGGUGAUCGAAACCGAACUGUCUUGGGGCGCUUACACCAAGGAGUCGCUGUAUUCAUUAGCCCUCAAAUGCCUUAUUAGUCUCUCUACAAUCAUUCUGCUUGGUCUAAUUAUUGUAUACCAUGCAAGGGAAAUUCAGUUAUUUAUGGUGGACAAUGGAGCAGAUGAUUGGAGAAUAGCCAUGACUUAUGAGCGCAUUUUUUUCAUCUGCUUGGAAAUUUUGGUAUGUGCUAUUCAUCCUAUCCCUGGCAACUACACUUUUACAUGGACAGCUCGUCUUGCCUUCUCCUAUACCCCAUCUACAACAAUAGCUGAUGUGGAUAUAAUUUUAUCCAUACCUAUGUUCCUGAGACUUUAUCUUAUUGCCAGAGUUAUGCUUUUGCAUAGCAAACUUUUCACUGAUGCCUCAUCCAGAAGCAUUGGAGCACUAAACAAGAUCAACUUCAAUACACGUUUUGUUAUGAAAACCUUAAUGACAAUAUGCCCGGGAACUGUACUCUUGGUUUUUAGUAUCUCCUUAUGGAUAAUUGCUGCAUGGACUGUCAGAGCUUGUGAAAGGUAUCAUGAUCAACAAGACGUUACUAGCAACUUCCUUGGAGCAAUGUGGUUGAUUUCAAUAACUUUUCUCUCCAUUGGAUAUGGAGAUAUGGUACCUAAUACUUACUGUGGGAAAGGAGUUUGCUUGCUUACUGGAAUAAUGGGUGCUGGUUGCACUGCACUAGUGGUAGCUGUGGUAGCAAGAAAACUAGAACUUACCAAAGCUGAAAAACAUGUACAUAAUUUCAUGAUGGAUACCCAGCUAACUAAAAGAGUGAAAAAUGCAGCUGCCAAUGUACUCAGGGAAACAUGGUUAAUUUAUAAAAACACCAAGCUGGUAAAAAAAAUAGACCAUGCAAAAGUAAGGAAACAUCAGCGCAAAUUCUUGCAAGCUAUUCACCAAGCUCGGAAAUUAAGAAGUGUUAAAAUGGAACAGAGAAAACUGAAUGAUCAGGCAAACACUUUGGUGGACUUGGCGAAGACUCAAAACAUCAUGUAUGAUAUGAUUUCGGACUUGAAUGAACGAAGUGAAGACUUUGAGAAGAGGAUUGUUACUCUGGAAACAAAACUGGAAACUUUAAUUGGUAGCAUCCAAGCUCUCCCUGGACUGAUUAGCCAGACAAUUAGCCAGCAGCAAAGGGAAUUUCUUGAAGCUCAGAUACAAAAUUAUGAUAAGCAUGUAACCUACAGUGCAGAACGAUCAAGGUCCUUGUCUAGAAGACGAAGAUCUUCCUCUACAGCACCACCCACUUCAUCAGAGAGUAGCUAGAAGAGAAUAAGUUAACCACAAAAUAAAGACUUUUUUGCCAUCAUAUGGUCAAUAUUUUAGCUUUUAUUGUAAAGCCUUAUGGUUCUAAUCAGUGUUAUCUGGGUUCUGAUGUCAGAAUUCUGGAAACCUGAACACAAGUUUUAGGCCAAAAUGAGUGAAAACACACUCACUCACUCUUUCUUUCUUUCUU